AGCCACCAAGCACACAACCUUUACUUUACAUAUACCCCCUCCGCAAAAAGCAUGGAUCGAUUAACACAGUUGCAAGAUGCCAUUGACGCUAUGGCACGCAUGUUUACAAAUAGUUUAUUCUAUGUUCACGAGAAAUCAGCAAUGGCAGAACUAAACAACCAAAUACCAAUCGCACAACCGAAAAUACAAGCAGAUCCGCCGGAAGAAUUUAAUCAAAAUAUGCACGAAUUAGCGACGGACUUGGUGAAAAAGGCAAAAGAAAUUGACGCGUUGAUCGAAGUGCUGCCAGGGAUCAACAAUUCAGAAGAGGAGCAGAUCCGGACACUGGAAGAUCUAGAAGAACAAAACAAGGCAGCGAACGAGGACUAUGAAGCAGCUGUCCGUGAAAUGGGUAUGAUGAGAGCGUAAUCCAUUGGUGCCUGUUUCGUUUCGCCCCCCAAUGACACCGUGUUUUGACACAAGGAUUAACUCCGGUUAUCUCUAACGUUCAAAAUGUAGAGUCCGUAAAGGCAAAGGUUACGCAAACGUUGCGGAUAAUAGCGGAUGAACAAAGCGUUAGGCAGUAGAGCUGGGGGAUGGUAAAAGAAGGGAAAGAGGGCUGUUCUGCUCAACAAACAAGACAAACAACACCAAACGCACAAAAGUAAAAAAAAAAAAAAACUAAAUAAAAACCAGACGAGUCUUCUUUUUUUGAAACUAUAAA